UAGAUCAGAACGGAGGCAGCGGGGCGUUUCUAUUUAAUAAGCGCUGGUAGAGAGCAGGGAGGCGUCGACCUACACUGAACAUGGAAGGGAAAUAUAAAGUCUAGCAGCGCACUGGAUGUCCGAACGACGUCCUCGUACAGAAAACAUCUUUUCAAGGUGCUGCUGCUCGGGCGAGGAAGGACUGACGCUGCACUGCUGGCAUCAGGACACAGGGUCUGAUCCGGAUCCUGCUUGCGGUUGUGUCACACUUGCGGCAUCUCGAACCACAGGCAAUCCUCUGGUCUCAUCCAUUUUUAAUGGCUUCACAUUAUCCACUGAUGCUCAGCUCAGAUUCUUGAUUGAGCCUUGCAGCCGUUAGCAGAGAGGAACCGUUGGCUUCACCCGACGCCGUUGACGCCAGGAACCCAGCAUGGCAGAGGAGCCAAUCGUGGCCACAGGCAUGGCCGCCAGGCUGAGGAGCCAGUGGGACCGUGAGGACGGUCUGGGACAGAACCACAAAGCGGUGAAGUUCCUGGGCCAGGACUACGACUGCCUGCGGGACCAGUGCCUCCGGGGCGGCAGGCUCUUCGAGGACGGCCUGUUCCCGUGCGAGGCGUCGUCGCUGGGGUUCAAGGAGCUCGGACCAAGGUCCUCCAAGACCAGCGGGGUGCGCUGGAUGAGGCCCACGGAGAUCUGCAGGCGGCCCGAGUUCAUCGUGGACGGAGCGACUCGCACAGACAUCUGUCAGGGAGCUCUGGGUGACUGCUGGCUGCUGGCGGCCAUCGCCUCGCUGACCCUGAACGACAACGUCCUCCACAGAGUGGUUCCUCACGGCCAGGGCUUCGGCAGUGGAUAUGCAGGCAUCUUCCACUUCCAGUUCUGGCAGUUUGGGGAGUGGGUGGAUGUGGUCAUCGAUGACCGGCUGCCAGUGAAGGAUGGGAAGCUGCUGUUCGUGCACUCGGCGGAGGGAACCGAGUUCUGGAGCGCACUGCUGGAAAAGGCCUACGCCAAGCUCAACGGCUGUUAUGAGGCUCUGUCCGGCGGCAGCACGUCCGAGGGCUUCGAGGACUUCACCGGUGGCGUGACGGAGAUGUUCGAGCUGCGCAAAGCCCCCGCCGACCUCUACAGCAUCAUGAGACGGGCCAUAGAAAGAGGAUCGCUGCUGGGGUGCUCCAUAGACAUCACCAGCUCUGGAGACAUGGAGGCCGUCACCUUUAAGAAGCUGGUGAAGGGACAUGCCUACUCUGUAACUGGCACAGAAGAGGUGACGUACAGGGGAAGCAGGACCAAGCUGGUCCGCGUCCGGAACCCCUGGGGGGAGGUGGAGUGGACGGGAGCCUGGAGUGACAACGCCAGAGAGUGGGACGGUGUGGAUCCCUCUGAAAGAAAACGGCUUCAGAAAUGCAGCGAGGACGGUGAAUUCUGGAUGUCGUUCAGUGACUUCCUGCGCGAGUUCUCCCGUCUGGAGAUCUGCAACCUGACGGCCGACGCGCUGGAGAACAGCCAGAUGAAGAAAUGGAGCACUUCUCUGUAUCAGGGAGAGUGGAGGCGAGGCAGCACCGCCGGAGGCUGCAGGAAUUACCCAGCAUCUUUUUGGCUGAACCCCCAGUUUAAGAUCGCUCUGCAGCAUCCGGACAGUCCCAAUAAACCAGAGUGCAGCUUUUUGGUUGCUCUCAUGCAAAAGGACCGAAGGAAGAAACGCAGAGAGGGUCAGGACAUGGAGACCAUCGGAUUCGCUUUGUACGAGAUUCCAAAGGAGUUCAAGGGCCAGUCGGGCGUCCACCUGAAGCGAGACUUUUUCCUCACCAACGCGUCCAGCGCGCGCUCCGAGCUCUUCAUCAACCUGAGGGAGGUGAGCUCGCGGCUGCGGCUGCCUGUGGGCGAAUACAUCAUCGUCCCCUCCACCUUUGAGCCCAACAAAGAGGCCGACUUUGUCCUCAGGGUUUUCUCUGAGAAGCCGGCCCUGUCUGAGGAGCUUGAUGACAAAAUCACAGCGAAUAUUCCAGCGGAGACUCGACUGGACGAGAGCCAGAUCGACGCUGGGUUCAAGAGUCUGUUCAGACAGCUGGCAGGACCGGACAUGGAGAUCAGCGUGACGGAGCUGCAGACCAUCCUGAACAGAAUCAUCCAAAAACACAAAGAUCUGAAGACCGACGGCUUCUCGCAGGAGGCUUGCCGCAGCAUGGUGAACCUCAUGGACACGGACGGCACCGGGAAGCUGGGUCUGACGGAGUUUCACGUCCUCUGGGAAAAGAUCAAGCGAUACCUGACCAUAUUCAGAGAAUACGAUUAUGACAAAUCGGGCACCAUGAGUUCCUAUGAGAUGAGGAUGGCUCUGGAAUCUGCAGGUUUCAAGCUGACCAACCACCUGUUCCAGCUCAUCAUCCUGCGCUACACCGAGGCCGACAUGUCCAUCGACUUUGACAACUUUGUCACCUGCCUGGUCCGACUGGAGACCAUGUUCAAAACCUUUAACGCCUUGGACACAGAUCGAGAUGGUCAGAUUUACCUGAACUUCUUCCAGUGGAUCACGCUGACCAUGUUUGCCUAGACGUGUGGACCGCCCUCUGACUGAUGCACUGCGUCCGGCUGCAGCUCCAGACUCUGCACCCGCUGUUUAAGUGCCUUUAUUUCUUCCGGUUCUCCCCCUUUCUGCUCCGUUCUGCUGUAGGCAGACCUAGAACAUCUGUACAGCGGUUGAAGCCUGUACAUGAUUACAGAUUAAUACUACAAACGCCAAAGCCACUGCGGGUGAAGGAAUAAACCAUCUGGUUAGUUUUAAUAGCGAAAUGUUUGGAUGCUACAGAAACAUCUUUGCUUUUGCUAAAGAAGUGAGUGACUGCCUAGAUUUACAUGACCAAACAGAAGAAGAACAAUCACAGUGAAGGUAUUAAUAUAAUAAAAAUUGUAAGGGAAUCUAUUGGGUGCAUUUACCCGAUGAGGUGGUUAGUAGUGAUGGUUAGGAGUGAUGUACUGUAGCCUCCUGUCACACAUACCAGCAUCUUAACUCAACAUUCAGUGCAGACCUGGGCAUGUGGUUUUUGGUAUUCAGCCUUUGCAGCGACGUCGCUGCUCUGGAACUUCCUGCUUCUUUCUUGUCAGUCUUUGCUUCAAGUCCUGAAGCUUUAAUGAGCCAAUGCUGGUUUGCUGCAUCACAGAGAAUGUGUGGAGUCAUGUCCAUGAAUGUUUUGUGUUUUAUUCCCUUUUUUUUAGCUUUUGAACAUGACUGUUUUAAAACACAUGCGAAGCCUUUUGUAUUAAAGACGGGGCCGGAUGUGGUUUAAAUGGUUUAGUGCUGCCUUUGAAGUGGAACAAGGGCUUAAGUUCAGGUGAAGGCGAAUCUUUGUGGGUCUGGUUUCUGCAUGCUGUGUGAAAUGUGAUUUGUUGUCUGCCUGUUUUCUAUUAAAAUGUUAUUUGUGAACCAAACAUGCCGUACGUGAGGGGAGAGUGGAGGAUGAAGUGUCCAAAUCGUUUUAGCCUGGAGCCAAACUGCCUGAGUUUGAGCCAAUUACCUUUGAUUCUCAUCCUCAUAUAUGCAAACAGAAAUCAAAACAAGGAUUUACAGCACUUUUACAUUAUGAAACGCAUCCUACAUCUGUUUUUGUGGUGUAAUGCUUAUGUAACAUUACCUGCUGUUUACAAUGGGAACAUUCUGGGCCCUUUUGGACUCAUCCAUCAUGCAAGGCUUUGGUUUACUGUGUACAGUUUUUAGUACGCCAUUUAAAAAAUAAACAU